GUUCGGUAGUCCGCAGGCAGAAGUGGUCCUGCCGUGGUGCGCGCGCGACGCCCGCUAUGUGCCCACAGUGAUAUAAACUGAAUCAGUUGCGCGAAUACAACUAUUUAAUAAGCCGUGAUAAUAGUUACCGUACUGUGUCCUAGUGUUAAUGGUAAUCAAAAUGUACCUCGGUUUAUGAUAGAUUUUUAUAUUAUUUGUGAAUUGUAUUUUUAAGGGUUCCAAUUCCGCGAUGACGCCAAACCCUGGCGCCAAACUAAACAGCCGGAGAGAUAGCAGCAACAAAAAUGUUUACUCAUUAUCAAGCAACGGCUAUGAAGACAAAGUCUAUACAUAUGGAGAGGCCAUCAAUUUAGCUGGUAAUGGCAGGUACAGCUUCGGUCUGCUGGCGACGCUCAGCGUGUGCACGCUCGCGAUGGGUGUGGACAUGUUCGGAUUCUCCGUAGUAGUCAACGGCUGCACCUGCGACUUCAACCUCAACAUCAGUCAGACCAGCGUUCUGCUGUCUAUGCCAUUUGUGGGUCCCAUAGUGAUGGCGUACCCGUGGGGCUACAUCUCGGACACGCGGGGGCGGCGGCGGAGCCUCCUCAUCGCCAUGUGGAUCAGCUUCGCUGUCUCCACCGCCAGCGCCUUCUCACCCAACUGGGUGGUCAUGGCGAUCCUCAAGUUUGUCAGUACGAGCUUUUGCAGCUGUGCGCAGUCAGCUUCCUACACCCUCCUGGGAGAGUCGUGCUCGGAGAGAGCUCGAGACUCCUACAUGCUGAUCAUGACCAGUGUACUCGACUUUAGCUUAGCAGCUUAUGUUGCGGUCGCCUAUUUCAUCUUGAACAUGGACUUCUCCUACGACAUGGGAGCCAUGACCUUCACUCCUUGGCGCCUCCUGGCCUUGGCCUUAGCUCUGCCGCUGGGCAUCGGGGCCUUCGGGACGCACUUCUUCUACGAAAGUCCCAAAUUUCUCGUCAAUGUUCAACGUCACGACGAGGCUUUAGAAUGCUUGACUAAGAUCUGGAGGAGGAAUAGGGGGAAAGGUGAUAAGUACCCGGUAAAGCGUAUAAUUCUUAAUGAGGAGGGUAAUGAGCGACGUAAGGACGCGUCGCUAGUGCAGUCGCUGUGGGAGCAGAUCGUGCCGCUGUUCAAGCCGCCGCUUCUGUGGCGGAGCAUCAUGCUCUACUUCUUCACUGCUGUCAUAUUUAGCACGAACAACAGUUUCUUCAUUUGGUUCCCGUACUUGGCGGAGAAGUUCUCCGCCGGGCUGAACUCUUCGGCGUCCAGCUACGAGACUGGCCUUUGUAAUAUGAUCGUCAGCAACAAUAAUAACACCUCAGAAGCGAUCGAGUGCACAUCCACAAUGCAGAUCAGCUUAGUCUGGUCGAGCUUGGCGCAAGGAGUCUCCUUCGUCCUGAUCAUGCUGGUCAUCACGAAGCUGGCCUACAGGAAGAAGGCUCUGAUGAUCAUCAUCAUGACGUUCUCUGGCCUCGCCUCCAUGGGCGCCGCCCUCAUCCGGGACAACCUGACCAGCUUCAUCAUGUUCUUUGGACUGCUAACCAAUGAAUUAUGUAUUGGAAUCAUUUAUACGUACUUUGUUGACUUGUAUCCUACGUCUUACCGUGGAAUGGCCGCGUGUAUAGGUGUGAUGGUAGCUCGGGCGAGCGCGCUGAGUGGCGUCAACCUGCUGGGAGCCUUCAUCAUGACACACUGCUCCGCCAUGUUCUACACCUGCGGCGGUCUGAUGCUGGUCGCUGCCGCUGUGUCAUGUCUACUGCCGCCCGACGCACGGAAAAAGUAACUCAACAAAACUCGGACCUCUUUUAAGUUAUUAACACAUUGUUUAAAUGCA